CCACCACACAGAGCUUCUUUCUCCUCCGGACGCCAUGAGUAAGUCCAGCACCCUGAAAGUCAAGAACUUCUUCAGACUCAAAUCCCCGGACAAGGAGAACAAGGAGCUGAAGCGGUCAGCCUCCAAGGAUGGGUCCGCAGACACCAGCUUCAAGGAGGGGUCAGGGACCCUACCCCCGACCAGUCCGGGUCCCCUUAGCCCCGGGCCCCUCAGCCCGGGAGACAACGCCACACUGCCGGCUGAUGCUAGCCCCGUGUCCCCGAAGGAGAAGAAGGGGAGACGGCUGCUGCCAUUCAAGCUGAAACGGAAAAAGUCCAAACAUAAAGAAGAAAAAGGAGGAGGAGGAGAGGUAUUUUUUCCUGAGAAUGAAGAACAUGGGAACUUCAACAGUCACAUGAGCUACGACCAGAUGAGUGUUUCCACAGAAUGCAGUUUCCGGACCGAGUCGGAGUGGGACCCUCAAUCUGAGGCCAGCUCUAUGAUAAGCUUCGACAUGACUCAGCCACACAGCCCUACUUCGCCCUCAAAAUUCUUUAAGAAUCCAGAUGGGAGGAAAGUGUUUGAUCGCAUCAGCAGUUUUUUCCACUCCAAGAGAAAGAAGAGCAGCAGCAGGAAGCAUUCAGAUGGCUCCACAGAUGCAGGCUCCCCACAGUCCCCCCGUUCAUCCCAUUCUCAAGACGAGGAUGGGCUAAAGACGCCAACUGUUUCUCAUCAUUACAGCCAGCAAUUCUGGUCACGUAAUGCAAAGACAGGAGCUGAGUAUGGCGGCGACCUCAGCCAAAGUUCCAGUCCCAGCACAACAAGCUUGGCCUCUGUGCUGGUAGGUGAUGCUGCACUGCCGUUUGCAGACAGUGACAGCAGUGGAAGAAGCAGUGUGAGGGAAGUGCACGUGUGCAAAAUCAGCACAUCCAGUGGCGAAAGGAAUUCUGGGAAUGCGACUCCCACCCCCUUUGACCAAGUAAAUACCAUUCAUCUAAAUGCUGAUUCAGGCUCAGAGUUAGGCUUUGCGGACUCAGUGGUUGAAGAAGUAAGCAAGAGACUGAAGACCACUUUGCAAGAACGCAUCCUGAAAGACAAAGGGGACUCUAAUGAGGAUAAAACAGAUGAUCAGACCAUGAUGACGACAUCUAAAAUCUCCCUUUCCAGCGUAACUACAGCUCCGAAGUCACCGAACCUGACCUGUAUAAGCUUAGCAUCAAAGAAGAGUUCUGUAACAGUUGGAGAGAAGGGGCACAGCACUACGCUAUCAGGAAUUAAAUUAGGCUCUCAUGCAUCCUCCUCACACAUCAUCACAACCCGACAGGAAGAUGAAAACUCUCCAGGCAUGAAAAUUGAAGACUCAGAAGCCAAGAACAGGAAUCAGGUGUCCAGCAGUAGCUUCUCUGACAUAACCACUGCUCAUAAACCUUCCCCUGAGAAGGAGAGCACACCCAGGAGUGAGUCCCCUUCCUUCCACAAAGCCAUAUGGGUGGAAACACACCUGGGAGAGGAGGUGGAAUGGGAGAGGGAGGGGGAGAAAGAGAAGACUAUUAUCGAAGAAGAGGAGGGCUCCAGAGCAGACUCACCUCCUGUACUUGCUAUACCUGUCACAGUCAUUCCUGAGGAUGAUUCAGUUACUCGGGGUGCUGCAGACAGCCCAGCUACCCCCUCAGAGAUUCUGCCGCCCAGUGGCAGCUUGCCAGAGUCCACAGUCUCCUUGGCAUCGACUGAGGGGGAGUUCCAAACCGUCUUACCGCAGCCAGAGGAGCCUGACACUGGCACAGACUCAAAGCAAAGGUCCCUUAAGGAUAAACGAAGUUCCAGUGAAGUCCGUGUUACACGCAAGACUGUAAGUCUGCCUUCAAAGAAUAGGUUUUUUGCCCAGAAGGUGUGCAUAAGUCCAGAGCCCAGUUUAGACGAGAGCAAAACAGCAGAAGAGGAACGCAGCACAGAUUCAAGUUCAAAGGCUUUGGACACAACAGAAGCAACACCACCACAACAUCCCCAAAACAUCAAUGUGGAACUCGAAGGAGCCGAAUCAGAGCCAUUCACAACAACCGAUGACACUUCACACUCUGACACAAACACUCCUGAACCUCUAGUCAAAGAGAAAAUUGACCCAGAGGACUCUGACGCUGUCGAUACAUCUGCAGCCUCAGACAUGCACAGGGGAAAGUCACAAGUAUCAGGGUCUGGGGUAAGAGGCCAGGGGGCUAAUCAGGCUACACCCUUGAAACGACAGGUUAAAACAGCAGCAGCAGAGAACCAACAUACCAGAGCAAGUGGAGUAAAGACUUUAUCCUCUGCAGCUGUAAGCAAGGCCAAAACGGUGACAACAAAGGCAAAGGGCUCCAUAGAAGGCAUAAAACUGAAAACUUCCAGUGACGCGUCACCUCAGAGAGAGCAUGGCGGUGAAAAAACUGUUUCUAUGAUACCAACAUUAAAAGACCAAAGCACCAGUGGUCCUUCAAGUGCAACAAGUUCAAGGUCUAAAAUCCCCAAAAGGCCAACAUUAGACUCUGACGUAAAAGCACCAGUGACUCCAGAUAAAACGUUAGUGACUGAUGCCCUCGGGUCUACAACAACAACAUCUAAACUACAGAAGCAACCUGCAACUAAAGAGGCUUUGAAAUCUCCAGUCACUACAACCAAAGUUGGCAGGAAAGCAAGUUUUGAGGAGGCGAAGGGAGGAAAGGGAGACAUUUCUACCACAAAAGCACACAAGACAGUAUCAAAGCUAAUUAAAGAAAAGCCAGAUGAGGACAGUGGUGCUGUAAAUCUCGUAAAUGGUCUGGCUAAUGACCAUGAGGAAGGUAGUGUUAAAAUAAGACACACAACUGAUGGAGGAAGUCCGGUCGCCAAAAGGCAGAAAACCUCCUCUGUGACUCCAAAAAGUCGGUUGCCUGUUACAUCUCCAUCAAGAAAAAAGCACGAGGAGACCCCUGAAACAAAGAGUACCUCCUAUAAAAAGAUCACAUCUGACCAGACAGAGUCCAAGAUGGCCCAGAAGAGUCCACAGCGGCAGGAAGUAACUCCAGGGAGUGAGACGCCAACACCAGAUCCUGGAAGCCCAAAGAAAGCAGGGAGUAGGCCAUCCAAACAACUUUCUAAAAAAAGCCACGAAGAAAGUGAGACAAACUCUUGUACCACUCCACCUCCAACUAAGCACGAGAAAACUGUCCCAUCCAGACUCUGCAAACAGACUGACAUCAAACAACAUGCAGCGAAAGAUUCAUCUGAUCCACUAUUAUCAGGUAGUAAGCUUCCUACGCGGGGUCAAAGAAUCUCCAGAUUACCAUCUAAAAAACCUCAGUCUUUUCCAACUGAGAAUUCUGCAAGUACAUCAACAUCUAACCAACAGGACUCAGAUGUGGACUCAAACUCAGAAACAGCUGUGAAACCAUCUGAGAGUUUGGUAACAGAUCAGGUGGAGAAUGAUAAUAGCAGUGAGAGAUUAUCAACUCAAGAUAAGUCUGUAUUUACAGAGACUGAAGCCAACAUCAUAAAUCUAACAAACAGUCAAUCCAGUUGCUGUGAAAUCAAAGUAAAAGAGAAAGAGACAGAUGGACUGAAAGACAAUGUAACCAGUCUUACAACUGAAGAAAUGUCAAAAAUCCAAUCAGAUAAAAAUGAUGAUAAUAUAAAGGAGAACUCUCAUGUAAAAUUAACCCCAACACCAAAAACAGGCCCAGGAGAGGAAAUAAUACCCAACAGUGAGGCAGGCAAAGCAGUUUCAUCUCCGUUAACAGUCACCUGUGUAAACAACACUGAUGUUAACAGCCAAGGAGGACAACGUGAGGGCAAGCAACAGCCCAUAUCUGAGCUUCUAUCUGAAAGAGUUUCUCCAGUUCAAAGUGAAAGCGCAACACAGGAGGAAAAAACACUCCCACCAGAAAUUUCCCCAGAAGUAGCAAAAGACAAGCCCCCUUUAGAGAGCAGUCAGUUCACUGGUAACAUAAAACCCCACUUAAUUCAGGAGAAAAGCCUUUCCAAUUCUGACCCUGCCCUCUUGGCUCAGGACAUAAUACCCAAGCAUGAGGAUGUAAUAGAUACAUUCACCAAACCUGUUGUGGAUGACAACAAACACGGUGACAUAACACCAGAUCAGGAGGGUGUCAUAUCCAGUGUGGAUAGAGCAGCAAAUGAAGAGAAAGAAGAGUUUACUCCAGGUAAUUCUUCUGACAAAGUGGCUUCAAAAGCCCAAGACUCUGUACCUAAAGAGGUUCUUUCAGAAAAUUCUGUUGCUCCUUCAGAUGAGUCUAAGCAGGCCAUUACAGAGCAGCAAAAUGAGCAAGGGUUGUUAAAAGAUCAAACUGCAGAUAUGAGUGAAAAUGACAGACCACCCUCAACAUUAAGCUCAAAUUCAAUAAAACAUAUUGAGGUGAAAGAGGAGAGAGAUGCUGGAAGAAACCCAGCUGAAGUUUUAGACAUCCAAACAGAGGCUGUGACUGUUUGUGAAUUGCCAAAGAAUGUUGAAAAUAAGUUGGACAAAGAGUCUCUUUCACGAACAGAGGAAUGUGAAGGACAGGAGAAAGACUCAAAACUAAAUGAAAAGCUGAAUGACACAGCAGUAGAAAGUACCGACUCAAAAACCAGUGGCAAAGAGGUGCCCAAGGGCAUGACUUCUAUGGAUGAAGAAGAGAAGUCCAUCCCACAACUACUGAAAGCAUCUGAUCUGUCAUCAGAGCAAAAAUGUGAACAGCCUCAGUCAGAGGAGGAACCACAGACAACAAUUUCAUCCACUCAGGAUGAAAAGAGGAAAGAGGCAGAAAAGGAAGAAAAACAAAUGUCACUCUCUGAAAAUGCAGCCAAAGGACUGGACAAAGACCAAAAACAUGAGGUCUUUGUGAAAGAAAAUGCAAAGAGUACUGAAAAGGAAAUGGAUCAGCAGAUGAAGACAUUAACUGAAAGCAAAGAAAAACAUAACGAUGAGGAAGUUAGGGAUAAAACGAAUCAGGAGGACAAAUGCACUGAUGAAUUAAAAGAAAAUCGAACUCCACAAGUGGAAACAGUAAGCACUCAAAGUGAGAGUGCUAAAGAUGAGGGAACGGAGGAUUUGUUAGUGAAGACUAUGGAUUCAAAUCAGAGAACUGACUCUCAAAGUAGCAAUCAAGAAGAUGCAAAAUCUGUAAUUGUUAAAGACAGAGAUGAGGAUCAUAAAACUGAGAAAAAUGCUUCUAUAACAACUGAACCCAAAAGUCCAGUCACUGACAUCAAGGAGGAGGAGCCUCAGACUGACACAACUCAGGGGGUGAUUUUAGAAGGCCAGGAUUCACACAAAGAUACAAAUAAACAACUGGACGCCAUCAGCACUGAAAGUCUCAGUGUUGAAAGUAAGAAAGAAAAGAGUGUCACAAGUGAAUCCAUAAAAAAGAGUGGGACUGAGAUUGCAAAUGCUAGCAGUGGAGCUAGCAACCAACAAGACCUGAAACCCAUUACUGACAGAGAUCAAGAUGUGGACAUCGUUAAACCAGAGAAAAGUGCCAGUAAGUUACCAGAAUCCAAAUAUCCAAAUGUUAACCUGGAACAGGAAUCUGAGAUGGAAAAAGCUCAGACCAAAGACCAAGUCAUUGACACGGAUAAGACUCAAGAACCACAAACAGUAAGCACUGAAAACCAUAGUGCUGAAGGUAAAGAGGAGAGUGAAACAAAUGAAUCAUUUGUAAAGACUUUGAAUGACACUGCAAUUGUUAACAGUGAAGUUAGCAAACAACAAGAUCAGAAGUCCAUUACAGUCAGAGAUCAACAUGAGGACAUCACCAAACCAGAGAAAAUGAAUAUUAUAUUAACAGAAUGUAAAGAUCCAAAUGUGAGCUUAGAAGUACAGUUGGAGGUACAAAGGGCUGCAGUACAAAACCAGGUUUCACAUGCUGAUGCAACUGAAGAACAAACAGCAGCAAGCACUGAAAGCCCCAGUGCUAAAGAAAAUAAAGAUCAAAGUGAAAUAAGUGAGUCAUUGCUAAAGAGCAUGACUGAGACUGCAGAUGCUAAGAGUGAAGUUAACAACCAACGAGACCAAAAGUCCAACGAUACAAACAUUUAUGUGGAAGUGCAAUCUGAGACAGAAAAGAUUGUAACAGAAAACCAAGUCUUACUCACAGAUGCAACACAAAAACCACAAACAAUAAGCUCUGAAACUCUUAGUGCUAAAGUAGAUCAUGAAACAAAGGCAUCAAAGAUUAAAACUCUAAAUGAGAUUACAGAUGCUAACCUUGAUGUUAGCAACCAGCAAGACCAACAGUCCACUACAGUUACAGAUCAAAAUGAAGAUAUCACCAAAUCGGAGAAAAGCAUUGAUGAAUUAACAGAAUCCAAAGAUCCAAAUGUGUGUCUGGAACUGGAAUCUAAGACAGAAAAAACUUUAACAGAAAACAAGGUCAACCACAUAGAUGUAACUCAAGGGUCACAAGCAGCAACCUCUGAAAGUCCCAGUGCUGAAGAGGACGAUGCAACAAAUGAAUCAAAGAUUGAAAGUCUAAAUGAGACUGUGGUUGUUAACAGUGAAGUUAGUAACCAGCAAGACCAGAAGUCCAUUACAGUUAUACAUCAAAAUGAGGACAUCACUGCCCCAGAGAAAAUCAGCUUAAUAUUGGCAGAAUCAGAAGGUCCAAAUGUGAACCUAGGCCUGGAAUCAGAAGCAGAAAAAGCUCCAAUACAAAACAAAGACUCACACACUGAUACAACUAAAGAACUGGAAGCAGCAAAUACUGAAAGUCACAGUGCUGAAGGCACCAAGGAGGAGAGUGAAGCAAGGAAAUCCUUAAUAAAGAGUGUGAAUGACAUUGUGAAUGCUAAUAGUGAUGUUGGCAACCAACAAGACCAGAAUUCCAGAGCUCAGAAUGAGGACAUCACCAAACCAGAGAAAAGCAUCAAUAAAUUAACAGAAUCCAAAGAUCCAAAUGUGAACCAGGAGUCCAAGACAGCAAAGGAUGAGGGUGAACCUUUGAUAAAGAGCAUGAAUGAGACUGCAGAUGUGAAGAAUGAAGUCAGCAACCAACAAGAUCAGAAGUCCACAACUUUUAAAGCUCAUGAUGAGGACAUCACCACACCAGAGAAAAGCAUCAAUAAAUCAACAGAAUCCAAAGAUCGCAAUGUUGACCUGGAAGUGGUAUCUAAGUCAGAAAAGGCUUUAACAGAAAACAAGGUAGUCCACAGAGAUGCAACUGAAGCAGUAAGCUCUGAAAGUCCCAGUGCUAAAGAGGAUGGUGAAACAAAUGAAUCAAAGAUUACAAGUUCUAAUGAGACUGUAGUUAGUAACAGUGAAAUUAGCAACAAGCAAGACCAGAAGCCCAUUACAAUUACAGAUCAAAAUGAGGAACUCGCCACACGAGGGGGAAUCAGCUCUAUAUUAGCACAGUCCAAAGGUCAAAAUAUGAACCUAGACUUGGAAUCAGAGACAGAAAAAUCUCUAGAUAAAAAACAAGAUUCACAUGUUGAUACAACUCAAGAACUGGAAGCAGCAGGCACUGAAAGUGGUACAGCUGAAGAGAAGAGCAAAGCUAAUGGUUCAUCAUUAAAGAGCUUAAGUGAGACUUCAAGUGGAAGUGCCAAUAGCGAAGUUAUCAGACAAGAAGAUAAUGUGAAGUCCAUAACUGUUAGAACUGAAAAUGAAGACACUAUCAAACUGGAGAAAAGCACUGAUAAAUCAGCAGAAUCCAAAGAUCUAAGUGUUAACCUUGAACUGGAAUCUGAUACAAAAAAAGCUCCAUUAGAAAACCAAGUCUUAAACAUAGAUAUUACUCCUGAACCACAAACGGCAAGCUCUGAAAGUCCCAGUGCUAAAGAGGACGGUGAAACAAAUGAAUCCAAGGUUCAGAGUUUGAAUGAGACAGCGACAACUAAAAAUGAAGAUGGCAACCAACAUGAUCAGACAUUCAUUUCAGUCAGAGAUCAAAAUAAGGACUUCGCUAAACCAGAGAAAAUCAACUCUACAUUAACAGAAUUGGCAGAAGGUCCAAGUGUGAACCUAGACCUGGAAUCAGAUCAAAAUGAAGACCGCAUCAAAGUGGAAAGCACUGAUAAAUCAGGAGAAUCCAAAUCCCCAAAUGUGGAAUCUGAGAAAGAACAAGCACAAACGGAAAACAAAGUUUCACACAUUGAUACAGUACAAGAACUAAAUGCUGUAAGCACUGAAAGUCAUAGUGCAGAAGAUACCAAAGGGGUGAGUGAAACUAGUAUAUCAGCAAAGAUUGUGAAUGAGACUAUAAUCAAGCAGGAUACAACUGAAGAUGGAAACCAACAAUACCGAAAGUCUACUACUGUUAGAGAUCAAGAUGAGGACAUUACCAAACUAGAAAAAAGUCAGACUUUGCAAAUGGAUACAACUCAGGGACUGGAAGCUGCAGUAAGCACUGUGAGUGGGAAUAAAAAUAAAGAUAUUUUAUCAAAGGGCUUACAUGAGGCUCUAAAUGCUAGCGGUGACUUCAGCAACCAACAAGACAAGAAGUCCAUAAUGAUUAAAGAUCAAGAUGAGGAUGGUGCCAAAGAGAAAGGCACAGAUAAAUCAGGUGAAUCCAACCAGAGGAACCUUGAACUGGAAUCUAAGAAAGAAAAGGCUCCAGCAGAGAACAAAAUAUCAUCUAUCAAAAAAACUCAAGAACCAGAAACAGAAAGCACUGAAAGUCACAGGGCUGAAAUUACUGAAGACAAGAGUAAAACAAAUGUAUCACCAAAGACUUUGAAUGACACUGCAGUUGUGAAUGCAACCAGUGACAGCAGCAACCAAGAAGACCAGAAGUCCAUUAGAGGUCAAGUUGAGGAUAUCACCAAACUGAUAAAACACGUCAAAACAGAAUCUGAAUCUGCAAGAACAGAGAUAGAAAAAGUAAAAAUUGAAGACAAUCUUAAAGAGAGUAAAACCUCAGAAUCAGUUACUGCUCAAGAAGUAAAACCAAAAGUGACUGAAAAUCUGACACCUGACUGUACUGAAGACAAGACUAAAACACAACAUCCUUCAAUCACAAGUUUGAUGAAUGGAAAGGCAUCUAGCCAAAGUAUCCCUGAACUAUACCUCCAGAGGGACCAGAAGUCAUCUCUUUUUUCAGAUAAUCGUGAUGAGGUUAAUAGAACUGAGAAAAAGACUGAUCUAACCAAAGAUAUUGAACCUCCAAAUACUCAACUAGAGAAAGAACACAAGACUGUAGCAACAGAAGGUCCAAAAAAGUCAACAGACUGUUUUAAAUCGCCUGAAAUAUCAACUAUUAAAGUGGCUGGAAAGGAAAUCAAGGGGUCUGAUAUGACACACAAACAGAAAAAUGAAUUGUUUGAUGAAGGAAAGAAAGUGACAAAACAGGAGGACCAGCAGAUGAAGAUGUCAAAGCUGGAUGAAAAACCGGAGUCAGGAACCCUUUUGAUAAAAGAUGCAUCUACAGAAAAAGGCAGUGGGCAGCAACAAGAGAAGCCCGCUGUUGUUUUAAAGAAAGCAGGUAUCACUACUGAGGUGCAAAAGAUUGAAGAGGAAAAGAAAGUGAAAAAAUUAGAAACUGGUGAGUCAUCAGCAUAUAGUAGUCAAAAACAGAAACCAAAGGCUUUAAGUGAAGACAGAUCCAUAAACUUUAGUCGAGAAAGGAUUGCAAAGCCAUCAUUCAAUAGUAGUUUGUCACCAUUGGCCACAGCAGAACUAUCUACAGCAUCUAAAAGUCUUCCACUAAAGACAAAUACUCCAUCUAGCUGGUUAGAUGUGGAGCAUCAUCAGAGACAGGGUCAGAAGGAAACCAAAAGAAGGAAAGGAAAGAAAGAGGCCUCAGCCAGUGACGAUGAAUCUCAUGACCUUGACGACUUGGAUGGUUUCAUUAAGACCAUAAAGGAAGGUGGAAUCCCAUUCCAAUUACCUCCAAAGAAGAGGUUCUCCCGAAAAAAGCCAUCAUCUCCACCUUUUGCAAUGCCUGCCAUCAAGGAGGAUAAUUUUGAGCGAACGUUUGAUCCAGAGCAAUUUCAGUUUGGUUUAAGAAAAGAUUCCAAGAUCUUUAAAGAUCUGUCUCCAGCGAUGAUGAUUAAACAAAAAGCAGCCAAGAGAGAAAGCCUUAAUCAGAAGAAAGAUACUCAAGACAGUACCCAGCCCUCACUGGAAGGUAAAAUGCAGUCACUCACUGAAAAACAAAAAGAUGGAGGCAAAGAGAGGGCACAAGUUGAGGCAGGAAAAGAAGAUGGGCAAAACAAUGGAAAUGAGCCUGGGAAGCGGACGUCACGGCUACAAAGGAUGUCCAUCCUCUCUAGCUUAUUGAGCUCCCCUCGGUCCUCCAGGAAGAACAAUGAGGAGGCUUCCCCCGCCUCCAACGGCAAACCUUCAUCUGCACAACAACAGGACCCACCCGCCCUUGGAAAACAGGGAGUUGGUUAUUCACCCCACCUUGGCGUCGGAGAAGAUAAGAAGGGCGUGAAGGGUUUAGAUCAGAGUUCACUUGUAGGUGGUGGUUCAGGUAGAGUUAGUGACUCAGUGGUUAGCCCCACCUCCCCUACUCCUUCAUUUCCCUCCUUCUCAGAGAUAAAACUGCCUGAUCAUUUAGAAAAAUACCUCAAGAAGAACAAAGGUGAACCAGAGGCCUCCCAGGGUUUAACACCAACAAGAAAAUCCAAACUGGAUCUGAUUACUGUUAUGGACCAGGCUUCGAAAGCAGGAGUACCUAAGGCUGAUGUAGCCCCGAAAAGUCCUGCAGGACUGCCUCCAACCACCAACCACAUCCAGAAGACUGCUCAGAAUGGACGGUCUACUUCAAAGCCAAAGAUACCUGUUUUAAGGGGGUUUCACAAAAGGCCAGGAAAGAUUGUCAUACACGAACACGGUCAGUUUGGUGGAGAAGCAUUUGAACUGUACCAUGAUGUAGAGGAUGCUACCGUGAUAAAGCUGUCUCCUGUCAUCUCAGUCAGAGUCAUUAGAGGAUGUUGGCUCCUCUUUGAAAAACCAUGCUUCCAGGGCCGGAUCAUUGCAUUGGAGGAAGGUCCUACUGAACAGAUAGUGAAUAUAUGGGCUGACGAAGGCACUCAAACCACACUGGAUGAGAUGGGUCAGCCUGUUCCAUCAUCACCUAUGGUCUUAGGAUCUAUUAAACUGGCAGUGAGGGACUACACUGUUCCCCGCAUUGACCUGUUUGCAGAGGUAAAUGGGCUGGGAAGGAUGACAUCUUAUUGUGAUGACAUAGCAGAAACUGGCUCAUUUGGGAUUUCAAAUACCACUGGUUCCAUUAAAGUCCAUACUGGAGUUUGGCUGGUGUACAGUGAUCCUGGGUACGGUGGUUUUGUAGGAGUCCUGGAGGCGGGGGAGUAUCCAUGCCCCGAAACCUGGGGAUUCCCUGGACCAUUUGUUGGUUCUCUCAGACCCCUCCGUAUGGGAGCCAUACGGGUGGAGCAUCCUAAUGAAGUCAAGGCCUUAGUCUUCGAGAAGCCCUGCUUUGAAGGGGAAUGCAUGGAGGUGGACAGUGAUGUAUUCACCUUCAGUGACAUGCAAGACGAAAUGGAUACAUCUGACGGGAACAAAAAGAAACUGUUCUCAGUGGGAUCUUUAAAGAUACUCAGUGGUCUUUGGGUGGGCUACCAGGAGGAAGACUUUGAGGGCCAGCAGUACAUCCUGGAGGAGGGGGAGUACGCCCACUGCAGUGACUGGGGAGGAAGUGAGGAUGGGCUCCUGUCACUUAGACCUAUUUGCACAGACUUCAUGUCUCCUCAUGUUAAACUGUUCAGUGAGCUGGAAUUCAGUGAGCGGGGCCUCAACAUGGACUUGCUGGGUCCCAUUCCCAAUAUGGAGGACAUCGGCCGCGGUGUCAAAACCCAGUCUAUCAAUGUCCUGAGUGGAGUAUGGGUGGCAUUUGAGAAGCCUGGAUUCAGUGGAGAGCUUUACGUCCUAGAGAAAGGCCUGUAUGCCAGCCCAGAGGACUGGGGAGCCCAAAACUUUAAGAUUUCAUCAAUACAGCCUGUUUUCCAUGAAACACUGAUGGGAACAACAAAAUUUAAGGUGCAGCUGUUUUCUGAGCCAGACUUCCAGGGGCAGCUGUUGUCUCUGGAGGACAGCACAGCAGCUCUGGAUAAAGACUUCCUCCCCAGAUCCUGCAGAGUUCUGGCUGGCAGCUGGGUGUUGUAUGAGGGCGAGCAGUUCACUGACAACAUGUAUGUGCUGGAGGAGGGAGAAUAUCCCAACGCAGAGGCCAUGGGCUUCCUCUGCGCAGACACCACCAUCCGCUCCACACAAACCACUGGACACGAGUUGUCUCUUCCCUCCAUCGUCUUGUUCAGUAAAAUGGGCUGUAGAGGCCGCAGGGCGGUGCUGACGAACGGGGCUGUGAGUCUGACACAGUCAGGCAUGGAUGGAUACAUACGCUCCCUGGUGGUGGAGGGAGGAACGUGGGUGGUCUAUGAAGGCAGUAACUAUCGGGGUCGACAGCUGCUACUCCAGCCCGGUGAAGUGCACGACUGGUGCCAGUUCAGCAGCUGGCAGCGAAUAGGAUCUCUGCGUCCUUUAAUCCAGAAACAGCAGUACUUCUGUCUGCGCAACAAAGAGACAGGAUGCAUGAUGUCUCUGACUGGAACAUUGGACGACAUAAAGCUGAUGAGGGUCCAGGCUGUGGAGGAGACCGGAGGGGUGGAGCAGGUCUGGUUCUAUCAGAAAGGACGGCUUAGCUGCAAGCUGGUGGAGGACUGCUGCCUUCAGACGUCGGGCAGCAUGGUGAUGGCAGGCAGCAGACUGUGCGUGUCUCCUGAGAAGGACAAAGACAACCACAUUUGGAACAUUACUCCAGACGGUGUGGUCCACUAUCACCUCCAGCCCAACCUGGUCUUGGAGGUCAAAGGUGGUCAUCAAUAUGACAAGAACCAGAUAAUAUUAAACACAUUUGAUGAAAGAAAACUGAUCCAAAGAUGGACCGUGGAGAUCCUGUGAUGACCCUGUAAGACUCCUAACUCUUACUGAUGACUAUGCAUUAACUGGAUCAACUAAACCAUGACCCUCAAACAUGCACUUACAUAGGACAGUGUUUUCUGAUAGAAUGAACAUGUAGCAUAACGCUGUUCAUCUCUUGAUUUCUACUGCAGUAAACCAAAGACUCAUUCGUGUUUUUUUUUCCACUGCAUUCUGUGUGAACUCAGCCCUGUUUCAAUGCUGCAUUCAUGUCUUUCCUUUAUGGUACUUUUUCCUGCUACUUUGUGCUUCUCAGUCAUGUGAAUGUGUAACCGUAUACUGAUGGCAUCAACAUGAAGUCUAACUGUAUGUGUCGACCAUGUUCUUUUCUUUUUGUAACUACUGUGGAUCAGAAUGGAUCUGUUGUAAAGUUUUGAUACCUUUCUAGGUUUUUACACAAACUAUAUUUUAAUACAUUAGUUUGUACAUAGGAACCAAAUGUGUAACACUAGGCAGAACUGCAAUAAUUUCACUGCCCACUGCUGACUGUAAAUAUGUAAAUAUCAGAGAAAACUGUUACACAUGAAAUAAAAUAUGUGACCUAUCAA